UGCUGCAGAAGGACGAACGCAAUUGGUGGAGGGAAGAACGCGGAAAAGGUCUGACAGGCGCGGAGUUCAGGAUGCGGAAUUAACACAUCCGCUGUGCUCGAACCGGACUGAAUAUGGCGAGCACCGAGAGCAAAAGUGUGUCCUCGGAAAACUUUCACACAUCCGAACCAAGUGGAUCGGACCAGCCCGGCGCGAGAUGGGGUCCACAGCAUGCAGGUGCUCGAGAGCUUGCGGAGUUAUAUUCGCCAGGAAAAAGAUGUCAGGAAUGGAUCAGUGUGCUUCUUUGCUUUACCCUGAUGGCCUUCAACUUCUGUUACCUGGUAACAUACUUCCACCUGGGACAUACCUGGUACAUCCUCCUGGGCAUCGUGUCAGGGAUCCUGACAGCAGACUUUGCCUCUGGUUUGGUCCACUGGGGUGCUGACACAUGGGGUUCAGUGGAUCUGCCCAUUGUUGGGAAGGCCUUCAUUCGUCCGUUUCGAGAACACCACAUCGAUCCAACAGCUAUAACGCGGCAUGAUUUCAUUGAGACAAAUGGUGAUAACUGUAUGUUGACUAUCAUCCCUCUGGCAAACAUGACCGCAAACUUCUUGAUACUCUCACCAGCUGAGAUCUAUCGGAACUACCCCUGGUACUGUUAUGUCUUUGCUUUGGCCAUUUUUGUUACAUUGACAAAUCAGAUUCACAAGUGGUCGCACACAUAUUUUGGGCUUCAACGCUGGGUGACGUUUCUUCAGGCCUGUCACAUCAUUUUACCACGGAAACACCACAGAGUUCACCAUGUUUCACCUCACGAAACCUACUUCUGCAUUACUACAGGCUGGUUGAACUAUCCGCUAGAAAAACUGGGAUUCUGGAGAAACCUGGAAGAUCUGAUCCAGAGCCUGACAGGAGAGAAACCCAGAUCAGAUGACCUCAGAUGGGCUCAGAAAUCCAAGUAAUCUUCCUCUGCCAGCAACCCAUCUCCCCUACCUCAGACCUGCUUUUAGGAGAACGGUCUUUCUCUAACAACAAGAGCAAUGGCGAGAUAUCAAAGACCAAAUUAGAAAGCUAUCAAUUUUUCAAAACAUUUAAGAGAAAUGGGGUUGACAGAGUGAUUGAAAGCAAUAUCCAACCUGUUCACUCUAAAGAUCCAAACAUCUAAAUCCUUACUGACAACUUAAGACUUUUUAAAGUGCAAAAAACAAACAAAAAACAAGCGAAUUAAAAUGCCAAUACUUGAACAAAGUGGGCUCUUUUCUGGACACCUCAUCCUCCAACUCCUCAAAGCUUUGCUGACUAGCUUGUUUAUAAGGCACUGGCCUGUGUUCUUGGGUUUGGCCUUUGGGACUGAUAUCUCUUGCUCUCACCCUUCUCUCGUUUGGGCAUAAAGUGCAGUAAACAAAUGACUUUUGGCUCUUUGAUACAGAGGGCUGAAAAAGUGUCUUCAUCUGGUUUGCUUGUGUCUGAACGGACAGAGCAGCAUCAUAUGCAGUCUUACUUCAGUACGCCUUAAAAGACGAAUCACAGGAAACUUGCUUUGCUUGGCCUCAUCCUUACACUUCUUUCAUUUUUUCAUAUUAAAUACUUUCUUUUGAAACACAUUUGCACAUUCAGAGAU